AACCCUCCAAUUUAAUUGUGGCUUUCCGUCUCUCACUCAUCAUGACUCUUUGACACUGUCACUACCAUUUCCACGAAACCGAGUACCCGUCUUCUGCUUCUUCUUCUUAACUUCACUCUCACUGUAAUAUUUAUACUCUCUCUGUCACUUCAUUUAUUUUACUUCUCUCUAUCACUUCAUUAAUUACUUCUUCACUUCUCUCCUCUCCUCUUCCACACACAACUUUCCAUCCUUUUCCGCCUUCAUUGUCUGGCUUUUGUUAUUAGUAACUGCACACUAAACACAAUUCUCUGUAUCUUCUUAUUCUUUACUGAUGGAUGAGCUGUACGGUCUCCAUUCAAGCCUUGAUUAUUCUAUGCAGCAGGCGCCUGCAGAGAAUAUGGUUAUGGGGACCAACUAUCAGAAUAACUCCACCGCCGUUGUUACUUUUGGUGAUAGGCAUCCCAUUUAUGGAUCGGAGCAGUUGGGGACUGGAUCUUCUGGGAUAUCUGACGUUGCUGAGGAACAAGCUGGUUCUGAGGAACAAGCUGCUGUGUCAAGUGCAAUUAGAGCUAAAAUUGCCUCUCAUCCUCUUUACCCUAGACUACUUGAAGCCUAUAUUGAUUACCAGAAGGUGGGAGCGCCACCGGAAAUAGCUCUUAUGUUGGAUGAUAUCAGGCGAAAAAGCGAUAAUAGUAAGCGAAACACUGUCGUUUCAAGUUGCUUAGGCGCAGAUCCCGAGCUCGACGAGUUCAUGGACACUUAUUGCGAUACAUUGGUGAAGUAUAAGUUGGAUCUCUCAAAGCCUUUUGAUGAAGCAACCGCGUUUAUAAACAAUAUGGAAACGCAGCUCAGCAAUCUCUGCGCGACUGAUGAGGGUGUUGGAUCAUCUGAUGAAUAUUAUAGUGGGGGUGAGAAUGAGGUUUCGGAUUGUGGCCGGACGCCUACAAUGGACCGUGAGCUUAAGGACAAACUCUUUCGAAAAUAUGGUGGCUAUAUUGGCACCUUGAAGCAUGAGUUUUCCAAAAAGAAGAAAAAGGGUAGACUACCGAAAGAAGCCAGGGAAAUCUUGCUUGAUUGGUGGAGUGUUCACAAGAAAUGGCCAUAUCCCACGGAAUUGGAAAAGGUCCAACUGGCUGAGUCAACGGGGCUCGACCAGAGACAGAUAAACAACUGGUUUAUUAACCAAAGGAAAAGGCACUGGAAACCUGCAGACAACGUACAAUUUACUGUUAUGGAUAAGCUGUAUGCUCCAUUUUACGUGAAUGAGUGAAGGUGGAAUGGGUUUCGCUUGAUCAUCGCUUCUGUAUAUUCUGCAACACAAGCUUGAGAUUGUGUCAAAAUCAGCAAUCUUUGUGUUUUGCUAAAAUGUAUUAGGGUGUAUGUAAAUAUUGAAUGAAUGAAUGAUAUAACAAAUGCUACUUCUUGAUCA